ACCUGAAGGCAAGAGAAGGAACAAUGGAUGGAAACUGAAUAAGGAGAGAUUCAACCUGGAAAUAAGAAUUUUUCUGACAGUGAGAACAAUCCAGCCGUGGAACAGAAGCUGCCUUCAGAAGUUGUGGGAGCUUCAUCACUGGAGGCUUUCAAGAAGAGACUAGACUGCCAUCGGUCAGAAAUGGUGUAAGGUUUCCUGCUGUUGGGGAGGGGGGCUUAGGGCUAGAUAAUUUACAAAGUCCCUUCCAAUUCUGUUAAUCUGUAUAAUUGUGUCUUUUCACCCUAAAACUAUGCUGGAAUGCCCAUGUGGGCCUAGCUUCAGUGACAUCAUGCCCUUCUGGAGAGUUGUGAGUCUGCCCUUGCCCAGAUUCAGGAUGCCUUUGUGCUGAGUCCCUGGGCUGAUCAUGGGCUCCUUCUGUUCAUCUGGACAAGGGCUUCCUUGGUGCUUGUGAAGAACCUGGCCUUAGUGACCUAACCAAUGGAAUGGCUUGCCUCCAGAGGUUGUGGUGCUCCAUCACUGGUGGUUUUCAAGAAGAGACUACAGCCAUUUGUCUGAAAUGUUCUAGGGCUAGAGCAGGGGUUAGACUAGAGGACCUCCAAGGUCCCUUCCAAUUCUGUUAUCUGUUGUGUUACCUGAUCAAGAGCUGCAAUUCACAAUAACUUGCAGGAUGGUUCUAAUCUUUGCUGAGCAGGAUAUGCUCAGUCCCUGAGAAAACAAGGCAGGAUGAGCCCCACUUUUCUCUUUGUUCUGGUGCUGCAGGCAGCCGUUAUGCUGAGACUUCGUCUUUUGACUUGGGAUGUCAAGGACACACUGCUUCGGCUCCGGGUCCCCGUGGGGCAGAGUUACUCCGCCGAGGCCCAGGCCUUUGGCCUCCAGGUACCUGCUGAAGCGCUCAACCACUUCUUUUCCCAAGCUCUUACAUCCCAUAGCCAGCGUUUCCCCAACUAUGGCUCCGGCCAGGGCCUCAGCUCCAAGCAGUGGUGGCUUGGGGUUGUCUUGGAGACCUUCCAGCUUGCCGGAAUUCAUGACACUGAUGUUCUCUGGCCCGUAGCUGAAAAACUUUACCGGGAUUUUAGCAGCCCAAAGAACUGGGAACUGGUCCCAGGUGCCAUUGAGAUGCUCCAGUGGUGCCAGCAACAGGGUAUCCCCAUGGCCGUGGUUUCCAACUCUGACCGGAGGGUGCAAGAGAUUCUGAGCCGGUGUAACCUCCGACAAUAUUUUCAGUUUGUCUUAACCUCGGAAGAAGUGGGGUUUGCCAAGCCAGACCGGCGGAUUUUUCUGGAAGCCCUCCACAGUGCCAAGGUGGAGCCCCAGCUGGCUGCUCACAUUGGGGACCAUUACGUGAAUGACUAUUUGGCUGCAAGGAAGGCUGGGCUGCACAGCUUCCUGUUUAAAAUGGCCAGGGGUCCAAUUGAGAGCGACAGGGAGGUGCCAGAAAACCACCUUCUAUCUUCACUUUUUGAUCUGCAGGCUCGGAUAAAGAAAGGCUAAAAGUAAAUGGCUGGAUUUCGACAGCUGUUUCUAGUAUAGGAAAUUGCAAUUUUAAUAAAUCUUAAUAUUAACCCAAAGUAAGUCCAAUAAAACCUUUAUAUCCCUA